AUGUUUACACACAUUCCUUUAAUUGACUUUGGUCCUUUUCUUAAUGGAACAGAUGAAGAUCGUCAAAAGGUAUCAUCAGAGAUCGGUGAUGCUUGUCGUAAUGUUGGUUUUUUUUAUUUAUUAAAUCAUGGUGUAUCAUCAUCACUUAUCGAACGUGUUUACGAACAAGCCGAACGUUUUUUUUCUCAAUCAAUUGAAGAAAAAAUGAAAUUAUAUAUUGGCUCAUGUCCAUAUGGAAAUAAUCGAGGUUAUACACCGAUGCUUGAACAAAAAUUAAGUCUUAAAGGUGAUCUUAAAGAAGGUUUUGAUUUCGCAAUGGAAUUACCAGCUGAUGAUAAAGAUCGAAUUGAACGAGGAGCUUCUCUAUAUGGACCCAAUCUUUGGCCUGAUAAUCUUGAAGGAUUUCGUGAAUGUAUUUAUGAUGAAUGUUAUUUAAGCAUGGUUUCUCUUGGUCAUCGAGUAUUAGAAGCAUUUGCUUUAUCUCUUAAUUUACCUCCAAAUUAUUUUAAAAGUAUGUGCCAAAAACCAAUGGUAACAAUGCGUCUUCUUUACUAUCCUCCGCAACCAAUUAUUAUUGAUGAGGAUCAACUUGGUUGUGGUGCACAUACUGAUUAUGAAUGUUUUACACUUCUUUCUCAAUCAAAUCAAUCAGGUCUUCAAGUACGUAAUAAUAAAGGAGAAUGGAUUAAUGCUAAACCCAUUCCAAACACAUUUGUUGUUAAUAUUGGUGAUCUUAUGCAACGAUGGACAAAUGAUCAAUUUAAAUCAACAAUUCAUCGUGUUAUUAAUACGAGUGGAACAAGCCGUUAUUCAAUUCCUGUUUUUUUUGGACCUGAUUAUUUUGCUGAAGUUAAAUGUUUAAUGACUGAUCAAAUAGCCAAAUAUGAACCUGUUAUUGUUGGAGAAUAUUUAACACAAAGAUUUUAUGAUACUUAUCAUUAUAGACAAAAAGACUCAACUUCUUCAAUGUAA